AUGGAAGUCAGUUGGAUCACGGGGACGCAAUCCACCACCUAUGCAGCUUUACACUUCAAGUCUAUCCACCAGGCCGCCGCCAAGCUGCGGCACCGCGGGCCCGACGCCGAGGGCGUGUGGCUGGCGCCCGGCGGCGGCGUGGGGCUGGGCCACUCGCGCCUGUCCAUCGUAGACCUGAGCCACGGCGGCGACCAGCCGCUGCACAGCAACGACGGGCGCGUGCACGCCGUCGUCAACGGCGAGAUCUACGACCACGACGCCAUCCGCGCGCGCCUGGCGCGCGACCACGGCUGCGUCUUUGGCGGCACCAGCGACAGCGAGGUCGCGCUCGCGCUCUACAAGGUCUACGGCGCGCCCGCCUUUCUGGAGCACAUGCGCGGCGAGUUCGCUUUUGUUAUUCACGACGAGCGCGACGGCCGCACCAUCGCCGGCAGGGACCGGUUCGGGAUCAAGCCGCUGUUCUGGACCAUCACGGGGAGCGGCGGCGGCGGCAGGAGGCUCCUUCUGGCGAGCGAGUGCAAGGCCUUUCUGCCGCUGGGCUGGGAGCCCGAGUGGGACGUGCUGAGCCUCUUUGACGCCUCGGCCAUGAACGGGGACAAGUUUGUGUUCAAGGGCGUCCGCAAGAUACUGCCGGGCUACUGGAUGGAGGUGGACAAGCACGGAGAGAUCAAGCAUCAUGAGUACUGGGACAUCAACUACCGUGACAAGAGAGAGGUCGAGACUCGGACGGUGGAGGAAAUGAUCGAGAGAGUGCGCGAGCGCCUUAUUGAGGCCGUGAGGUUACGUCUGCGUGCCGACGUGCCGGUAGGCAUCUACCUCUCUGGCGGCAUCGACUCGUCUGCCAUUGCAGGCAUCGUGGCGAAGCUUGUGCGGGAGGAAGGCGUCAAGCUCGGGACGAGAGACCCGACAGAGCGCAUCUCGUGCUUCAGCAUUAAGUUCCCGUCGGCCUCCGGGUUCGGCGAGUCUGAGCGGACGGCCGAAUGGCUCGGGGUGUCGAUCGAGAAGAUCGACAUGGACGAGGCCGCGCUGGCGCGCCACUUUGCCGACGCCGUCUACCACAACGAGCACCACCACUGGGACCUCAACACGGUGGGCAAGUUUGCGCUCCCGACGCUGCCGCGCAGGAGCGGCGUCCCCGUCGUCGUGACGGGCGAGGGCGCCGACGAGCUCUUCGCGGGCUACCCGUUCCUCCUGCCCGACAGCUUCACCGAUGCCGACGGCGCCAUGCCGCACACAGCCCUCGCGCGCGAGGGGGAGCUGCGCGUCCAGAUCCAGCGGCUCAUGGCGUCGGGCAUGGCCGACAUUCUCGCGGCCAAGGGCUUCUUCGCCGACCGCGGGGACGCCGCCGCGGCGCCGCGCUUCUACCUGGGGGCCGUCAAGAUGUCGUUCGGCCCGCGGGGGCAGCAGCAGCAGCAGCAGCAGCGGCAGGAGGAGGUGGAGGAAGUGGUGGUGGACGCGGCGGCGAGCAAGAGCUCGUGGUGGGGGUCGCUGCUCGAGGGCCUGGGCGAGGACCAGGGCGCCAAGCUGGCGGGCUGGGAGCUGACCGAGAAGUGGAUCCUGCGCGAGGCGGCGCGGCCCUUCCUCACGCCCGAGCCGGCCUGGUCCGGCGUCGACUGCUCGAUGGAGUCGGUUGAAACAGGUGUCGGCGUGGGCGAGGCAGGGAGAUUGAGUUGUUUUGUUCUCCAGGAGAAUUUUGCGUGUUUAGUUCUCAUUUUGGUGGCGCGCGGCUCUGUUGGCGCCAACUCGAACGCACUGGCGACUCAAAUAUGCAUAACGAAACGGAGGCCAGGGCAGGGGGCGCCAUCGCCGGCUCCCUGGCAGAUGCCAUCCAAAAUAGCAGAGAUGUCCGGCCGUGUUUUGGCGCGCCGUUGGCCAGACCCUGCCAGUUUCGGGGUAGGGAUGCCACCCAGGCUGACUCGCCCUCCCGUGUUUUCGCCCCUUGCGGCGGCCUUCGAGCCUCUUGGGUCUUUGAAACCCUUGAGCUAA